AUGGACUUUAACCUGGAAGAUGAAACCCCAAUUCAACACUUCUUUUAUAAGCUGCCUUGGCCAUGGUGUCUUAUAAGAUCAAUAGGAACUGAGACCCACGGCAACAAGGGAGGCUUGAGUGCCGGCGGCCCAGCCCCUUCCACGAUGUCCAUGGCCAAGGAGGCUAAGAAGCUGACGAGCCACACGGCAGUGGAGAACCACGUGAAGAAUAACCAAGUGAUGGGAAUUGGAAGUGGUUCUACAAUUGUCCAUGCUGUGCAGCGAAUAGCUGAAAGAGUGAAGCAACAGAAUCUGGACCUCAUUUGCAUCCCCACAUCUUUCCAGGCCAGGCAGCUUAUCUUGCAGUAUGGCUUAAACCUCAGCGACCUGGAUCAACACCCAGAGACUGACCUUGCCAUCGAUGGUGCUGAUGAAGUGGAUGCCGAGCUCAAUCUCAUUAAGGGCGGUGGAGGCUGCCUGAUCCAGGAGAAGACUGUGGCUGGUUUUGCCAGUCGCUUCAUUGUGAUCGCUGAUUUCAGGAAAGAUUCAAAGAACCUUGGAGAUCGGUGGCACAAGGGGAUCCCUAUGGAGGUCAUCCCAGUGGUUUAUGUCCCAGUGAGCUGAGCUGUGACCCAGAAGUUUGGGAGUGAGGGAGAACUUCGAAUGGCUGUCAGCAAUGCAGGGUCUGUGGUGACAGAUAAUGGGAAUUUUAUCCUGGACUGGAAGUUUGAUUGGGUGCACAAGUGGAGUGAAAUGAACACAGCUAUCAAAAUGACUCCAGGUGUGGUGGACACGGGCCUGUUCAUCAACAUGGCAGAGAGAGUCUACUUUGGGAUGCAGGAUGGUUCAGUGAAUGUGAGGGAGAAGCCUUUCUGGCCCUGUGAGGGCACACACCUUGAGUCUCCAGUACAGGCACAGUGGACAUGCCUCUCCAGGAGCCUUUGCCUUAAUGUAGCUGCCCACAGUGCCAGAGUAGAGAGCUGA